CAUAUAAUACGUGUUGAAAAUAAUUCCGACGUGGUUUUUAAUUUUAUAAUAUUGCAUUCGCUACGGUAAAUUUAAGAGUCCACUUGUCAAUCGCGUGUUUGCGAUUGAGUUUUUUGAACUGGAUUUAAUUCGUUUCUUUUUUCUUUUAAGUGUGCUGUGUUGCAGACGAACUUAAAAGGUUAAAAUAAUUAAUUGUACCAAGAACAGUUCUCAUUGCAUCGAAUCAGUAACGACAUUUCUCUGCGACCCUCAAAAUGGCAGGCUUCACACAACUUACGGAUUUUGAUUAUUUGUUACACACAUCAGAAAUGAAACGCAGGGGUGGGAGCGGGGGCAGCACAUUGGUUAGAGCCCGCCAGAACGUUGAAACUCUCGAGCACCAAACCCAGGCCAACGUCUUGCUUGCUUUUAAGCUGAGCAUGGUGUCAGGGAAUGGCGUGAGCUCGCAUACUCAUACACUUCGCCCUAGUUACAAGCCGUUUCGCAAGAUGGCCGAUAUUGGUAUUCAAGUGGAGGAUCUCUCUAGCCUCGGUGAGCCAGCCGAGAUCAAUAGUACUGUCGCAGAGAUCAAUACUUCUGCUGGAUUCAAUGCUUCAGAAGAGGUCAACACUACAGCGGAGAUUAACACCACAGCGGAGAUUAAUACUGCAGCAGAGAUUAACACUUCUGCAGAGAUUGCUGAGCUAGACAGCAACACGUCUGUUACCUCCUCGCACCAAUACCACCGCCCACUCUCUAUUGAGAGUUCGACAAGCUCAACUGGUUCGGAGACGCAAGAGAGGAGGAAGGCGUUAGCCAAUCAGGAGGAUGUAGAUGCCAUUUUCGUACAGCAAAGUGCCCCAGAUGAGGACCUGAGUGCGGCAAUGGCUCUAAACAACAACGAUGCGUCUGAAGUUGACGGUUUUGUGAUGCCAGAAAAGGAAGAGUCAAACUGCGGUUUAGACUGUGUUUACUUCACCAUGAGGUGUUGCGAGUGUACGAUCAUAUAGAACAGAUUUUACGCCCUUGUUUGAUAUUUUCUACACAACACAAAAUAAUAAAUGUUCUAAGUUUAACACUUGGUUGCUAAUUUAUAGUGUGGUAUAAACUUUUAGUGAGGUUCAAGUUUAAAAUCUUGCAAACUUCCUCAUUGUACUAUCAUUAUUGUUUCUGUUAAUAAUAAUUUCAUAUUUUAAUUUAUUUUGUAAGAUUUAUUAAUAUUGUAAAUCAUGAACAUGGUGUUUACUUCAUGUUUUAUAGGCUACUUUUUAAUGUGCUUUUUAUGACAGCUAUUUUCUUUUUUAGCUAAAGCUGGUGAAUCUAUUUUUACACAGUUAAUACUGGUUGUAAAUGUGAUUUAGUCGUUUUAACUAGUAAAUAUUUUGUACAAGAUACAAAUUAAUUUUAAACACUGGUGCUUGCAGCUAUGCUAAAAUAUUUUAUCCCAGCCUAAUUAAUAAAAUUAAUGCUAAAACUUCAUUGAAAUACACAUAGAUGUUUCCAUAAAAUUUAAUGUAGUAAAAUACUGUUACCGUUUGGAUGAUAAUUUUGUGUUGUGUACCUAUAAAUGUGAUAUUUUAUGAGUGUUUUACACUGCUACUCAGUUUCACGACUGAAGUGAACUUGUUGCAACACGAUUGCAAUCUAAGUGAACCUUGCUGAACAGAGGAAAGCUCUUCAGUAAUGAACUGUUCAGAUCAGCCACUGCAAUCUAAGUGAACCUUGCUGAACAGAGGAAAGCUCUUCAGUAAUGAACUGUUCAGAUCAGCCAUUGCAAUCUAAGUGAACCUUGCUGAACAGAGGAAAGCUCUUCAGUGAUGAACCGUUCAGAUCAGCCACAAAGACACUAUUUUACUCUCAUUGGGGAGUUAGUAUUAUCGUUCCUAUAGACAAGUAGAUAAAGUAUUGUAAAUUAUUUCAGAAUAAAGAAGUAUAUAUUUUUAAUUACAGAAAAUAAUAACAGAUCUAGUUUAAGGACAUUGGAUGUCCUGUAGGUUAAUGAUAUUGGAUGAAUAAAAUCUCAAUUUUUUAUACUGUAUAUUAUUAUAAAUUAGUUUAUGUUACUGUUGUGUAUAAAUAUGUAUAAAUUGUAGUUCCCUCAAAGUGCCUUCAAUUGUAAAUUCAGGUCAUUACAUUUCGAUAAUUAAUGAUUUUUAUUAACAAGAUAGUGUCUCUGAACUUAAUUAAAGUAUUUAUCUGUUAAAUAAUUUGGUAUAUUGUAAUAAAAAACAUUCCAGUUUUUAAA